ACGUUUCAUAGCUGCUCUGGAGACCAUGGAGAAUGGCGAGAUGCAGACUUCGGACAGGCCAUGGGCCGUUGCUGCCCCUGAGACGCUUUCUGGGGUUCCUACGUCUAUUCUGUUGAGAGAUAUGCUGAAGUGCAGGGCUUUGAACAGGUUGGUGUCAGCGAUAGCGGAGACAACGAAUUUCCGUGCAUCUCUGAUUGACCAUCAUGGUAAAAUACAGGGUGGUUGUAGUGGCUGUUCCCAGCGGGAAUUUAGGGAGCUCGAGAUGCUUGACAACAUUACCCAUUGCAUGUACGAAGUUUCCAGGAAUACGCAUGGAUGCAGAGCUCAGGUGGUCAGUUGUUCGACCCUUUGAGAUGAUAAUGUAACGGACUUGAAGUGGAAGAAACUUUUAUCGCGUACAAUCUCAAUAAAAAUCAC